AAAUCAAUAAUUUUUUUUAAUAAAAAAAGUAAAUAAAAAUUUAAUCCACAUGUUCAUUAUUUUUUUUUCAUUUUAUUUAUUUUUGGCUUUUUGCGUGUGUUGUGUGGUUGGGGUUUUGAAAACGAGAGCGACGGCGUAUAAAUUCGCACAGUGGCUGUGGUCGGGAAACAAUCGGCCAUAGUAUCUUAUGAGUGGUGGAUUGAGAUCGAUUAUGGCGAUGGGGCAUACUGUAGUGGAAUUCUGGAGGGAAACCACAACCAUGGCCGGAGAUGGGUCGCCAUGGCCGUGGACAUGGAGCCUCGCCGCCGUACUUCUCGUAUUCACCCUCCGUUUGGUCGCUUCUCGCUUCCGCUCCGUCUUUCGCCGGCCGCCGUCUGCUUCAGUUUCCGUCAAACCUAAGGAAGACGAUGAUGUUCUUCCCUCUCUCCGAGCACCUGGGAUUAUCUCCGAUUUGGAUUUGGAGAAUCUCAUCAACGAUCUCGAUGAGAAUUCGCCGGACGGCGGUGGCGUAGUUUGGGAAAACGUCAUCGACAAGAGUAACAAUCUUAUUUCGUACAAGGCCAAGUGCUGCAAACCUAAGGAUGGGCCGCUGAAGUACCUGAGCACAACUGUCUUUGAGAAUUGCUCGGUCGAGGCAUUGUUGAAUUUUUACAUGGACAAUAGUUACAGGGUGCAGUGGGAUAAGACUGUGGUUCAUUAUCAGCAGUUGCAGAUGGAUAGUGGCUCCGGCACUGAAUUUGGCCGCACGAUUAAAAAGUUUCUGUUCUUAAAGCCCAGAGAUUACGUACUGGCUUGGAGAAUUUGGCAGGGACUCGAUGGAUCUUUCUACUGCUUUAGUAAGGAAUGUGAACAUCCUUUGGCUCCACACGAGAAGCGUUACGUAAGAGUAGCAGUUUUCAGAUCUGGUUGGAGAAUUAGGAAAGUUCCUGGUAGAAAUGCCUGUGAGAUCAAAAUGGUGCACCAAGAAGACGCUGGUCUAAAUGUGGAAAUGGCAAAAGUGGCCUUUGCAAAAGGGAUAUGGAGUUACGUGCGCAAGAUGGAUGAUGCCCUUCGCAAAUACUCUACAGCAAGGCAGCAUCAACUAAGUUCAGUCUCCAGUGCCAGCUUGUCUAUCCAAAAGGUCCCACCUCAGUUUGAAGUCAUGAACGAUAAGACCAAAACGGAUAAUCCAGAAAACUCAAAAGCCGCUUGCUGGUCCAAAACGAGGAAACUCAAGAGAUGGCCUUCGAGUAAGUUGAUUGCAAAUGGUUUAGUUGUUCUUGGUGGUGCCAUCUGUCUCUCAAGAGGACAUUCCAGCUUGGGUACUAAGGUUGCCAUGGCCUAUUUGCUUACCAAACUUACAAAGUACGGUGCUUCAUCUGGGAAAGAUUUGUGACUUACUACAAUGAAGCGUGAUAAAAAAAAAAAAUAAAAAAAUGGAAAAGUUCAACUUGGUUGUAAAUAUAGAUUUUUGUCAAUCCUCGUGACUUGGCUAGUUCUACUUCGUGUAGCUCUCCAUUUCUGAUGUUGGAACUCUAUAAAAACAUAGUACUCAUAUUUGAUCCUUGUGGAUCUUGUAAUUUUGCUGGUGAUUUCUUAAAAUGUUUGAUUGAUACCUGUUUAACGCCAGUUCAAAGACGAUAGAUGAUAUAUAUUGAUGAUUGAUGAAUUCAGGCUGAGGCCCUGUCAGGUUUUCUCUUAUGUUAAUUGUAGCAUUUGGUGUGUUAAUGGGAGAAUGGGAACUCAUCUUUCUUGUAAGCUUGGUUAUUUGAAUACAAU